AUGGACCGCGGCCGCUCCAAGUCCCGAACACGCGCCCCAGCCGGUGGCAGCCUCACGGCUCCAGCCAAAGGAACAAAGUCGCGUUCCACCUCCCGCGCCCCGAAACCCGAAGCACUGGCGCCCGCCAAGAGCGAUACCCGCUCCCGCUCGCGAUCCAAGGUCCGCCAGCCCGAGCCCGAGAUGCCGAUGAAGGAUCGCGCACGCUCCAAGUCCCGUGGCCCUGGUAGGGAGCCAAUCCCUAUCAUUGGCAAAGCAGGCGUUCCAAAGGACACAAACCCUCCUAGCAAGACCGCGGUCAUGCCCCCCACCGGUAAGGCUGGCAAGUCCGAGAAAGCUGGCAAGCCCGAGAAAGCUGGCAAAGCAGAAAAGGAGAAGAAGGCGACUAGCAAAGCUAAGAAAUUUGGCAAGACUGCUGGUAAGGCUCUUGGCAAGGGUGCUGCUGGUGCGGCGAUAGGCGCGAUCAACGGUGCUGUAGCCGGCAAGAAGGCCAACAAGGGCAAGAAGGCUCCAGUGCACGACCCUGAGGAGGAAGAUGAAGAUGAAGAUGAAGAAGAAGAUGAAGAGGAUGAAGAGGACGAGGAAGAUGAGGAGGACGAAGAUGAGGAUGAGGAGGACGAGGAAGAAUAUAUGCCUAAGAAGGGCGCUGCCAAGGGCCAGAUGAACGGCAUGAACGGCAAGCCCGGCGCGAAGAAGAGCAAGGUCCCCGAGCCUGAAUAUGACGAAGACGAGGAGGAUGAGGAUGACGAUGAGGAGGACGAAGACGAGGAUGAGGAAGACGAGGACGAAGAGCCAAUGCCCAAGAAGGGUGCUGCCAAGGGUGGUAUGAAUGGAAAGAAGGGUGCCGCUCCUGCUAUGAAUGGCAAGAAGGGCAGGCAGCCCCCCGUUCAUGAAGAGGAAUCCGAAGACGAAGAGGAGGACGAGGAGGACGAGGAGGAUGAGGAAGAUGACGAGGACGAGGAUGACGAAGAAGACGAGGACGACGAUGAGGAGGACGAGCAUAUGCACAAGAACAAGGCGAAGAAGAUCAACGGUGCUGGCAAGCCAGGACAGAAGCCACUCAAGAGUGCCCUGAAGAAGAAGCACGUGCAACCCGAGAGCGAAGAUGAAGAUGAAGAUGAGGAGGACGAGGACGAGGACGAGGACGAAGAAGACGAAGAGGAGGACGAGGAAGAGGAAGAGGAAGAUGAAGAACCUGAGACUCCAAUUGAGCAGAAGAAGAAACCCAUGAAGAAGGGCGGCAAGAAGAUGGCGUACUAA